AAAUGUCUCCUAAAAUCUCAAAAGUAUUUUUUUUGAAUACAGCCCCUUAAAUUAGGCAUUUCCUCUGAUUCUUUCCAACUCUCGUAAGCCAUUCUCACUCAGCGGAUUUCUCACUCCCAGAUGGCGAACCACUGAGCAUAUCAAGAGUUCAUCGCUCUCCGACAGACCCAUAUCCCGCCAUCUAUACUCGGUAAACACAAAAUAUCAGACAGUGAGUCUGUCUACAAUCUGGCAUCAUUUGGUGUAAUAUAAAGGGAAGCAAAAGGUUUGAAAUAAUAAGACAAAACCAUCUAACAGAAGCUUUCAAGCAAUCGUCUGGUGCGGGAUGGAGUCAAAUCGGAGACAGGCAUUAAUACUACUUUAUCUAACUGUAUUCCCCAUGAUUAUAAGUGUGAGGGCCUGGACCGGUGCAAUCUAUGGCCGAGUCGUGUGUGAUGUAUGCAGAGAUUCUUCUAUUGGCCCAGAAGACCAUGUUCUGGAAGGAGCAGAGGUUGCUGUUCUUUGCUUAACAAAGACUGGUGAAGUUGUAAAUUAUCAGGCAUUCACGGACUCGAAUGGGAUAUACAGAGUUGCAGAAACUAUGCCAGAGAGUGAUCGGUGGGAUACAUGCUUGGCUAGACCCAUAAGCAGCUUCCAUGAUCACUGUACACACCUCAGAGAGGGCACCAGCUCGGGCAUCAAGUUCAGAUACAGCCAUCGAUCUGGCUAUUCCCAUACGCUUAGACCAUUCGUUUAUCAGCCACCCUCUCUCCCAACUUACUGCACAUGAUGAUUGUCAUUUUCUCUUGCCAUGGCGUGGGUUGGGUGACUGUUGGGGAGGUGGAUCAAGAGCUGCUGACAUCUUUGUGUUUCAAUUUAGAACUGUUAUAAAAGUAUAUAAUGAACCAAAUCUAAUGAUAAUUAAUUUUAAAUUCAUGCUAAUAUUGACAUUUUUUAUUCAUUUUUUUCCAAUCAAAAUGAGCUUGCACCGAAC